AUGUUGUUAAGAUUGGUGAUUUUGGUCUUGCUAAAUUUAUGCAGUAAACGCAUCUUAGUAGUCAAAGCCAGAUAAAUAAAAAUGAUUGACUGCAAAAAAUGCUUUGAAAAUGCUCAAAAGUUAAGAUAAGCCAUAAAGCCUCCUGCUAAGAGGCAAAAUUUUAUUUAAAAUCAAUAAGUCGCUGAAGAAACCUUUGAUAUCAAAUUUUAAGGUCAAUCUGGCUACACAAUUCUUGCCUAAGAGAAUAAAGUUAAGUUAAGAGCAGAAAAAAUAAUAAGUAAUUAUAAUGGUAAAUCUGGUUCAAUCAAAAUAGAGCUUUGUGCUGUACCCGUUUAAAUUUAAAAAUCCAAUGAUUGGUACAAAAAAGCAUUUGGAUUUGUAAUAGGAUGA